AUGUUUAAAUUAAUAAUAAUUUGCUUAUUCGUUUUAAUACAAAUUAAAUGUUAAGAUGGAGAUGGAAUGGAUGAAGCAAAAAAGUUAUAUUAAGAAUUACACGGAGAUAUAGAGUUAGAAGAAAAUUCAAAUGAAAAUAAUUAAGAAUAAGAAGAUGACACGGAAUGUGAGGCAACAAAAUAAGAUGAAUAAAUCUAUAUGGCAAAAUAAUUAUCAAAAGUAGUUUUAGAAGAAUAAAUAGAAAAAAUCACUAAAAGACUUUCAGAUAUUAAUGUUUAAAUAGAAUCUUUGAAAUAUAAUAUGCCAACUAAUGAAAAAACUGAUGAAUGUUUAGAAUUUAAAGAUUGCGCUGCAUGUACUAAAAAUGCUAAAUGUGGUUGGUGCAGUAUGGAAGAAAAAUGUGUAGCAGGUGAUAAUAUAGCUCCAUUUUAUACAAUGUGCAAUUUUUAUAAUUAUUUAUAUUGUGCUGGAGAAUGUGCUAGAUAUGUUGAUUGCGAUGUAUUUAUAUUUUUAAGGAAAGUCAUGUGUAAAAGAUACAGCUUGUGGAUGGUGUGAAGAUUAACCGCACAUAAUUAUUAGUUGUGUCUAACUAGAUGGAGAUGGCAUAUAAUGUCCAUAGAACUAUUUGAUUGGAGAUGGAGCUGAUAAAUGUCCAAAACGACAAUUAAUUGUGCUAAAAACUGUAAAUAAUAAAAAAAGAAAAGAAACUAAAGCAGAAGAACCCAAUAAUAAAAACUCAGAAAGAGGAUGGGAAGAUAAUUAUGGUAAUUUUAAUAAUAACUGAUUUAUAGUAAUGGUUAGACAAGGAAGGUAUAAGGAAAGAAUGAAUGCUCUGAAGGAGAAUGCUAGUCCAUCAGGAGCAGCUGUUGGAACCAAUGAAUUAGAUCGAUUAUAUGAUGAGAGAGCGACUUUGGAGAAGAAACUCAAUUCUUAUUAGAAAUAAUAUAAAAAACUAGUAGGAGAAGGAGGAGAGGACGGAUAGGAUGAAAAUGCAGAUGAAUGA